GAACAGUCGCUUUUGGCUUUCCCCGGAGCGCACCUAACCUAGAACGUAAUGGAGAACAGCAGUUAUGGUCGGCAGCAGAACAGUGCUGGGUCGCCGCCUCUCUAUGGCAGCCCCGGCUAUGAGCCGCUCAGGGAAGAAAUGAGUUACCGAGGUGGUCCGGGGGUACAAGUACAGUCCACCAUACUGACCAUAGACUCGGACGGGCCCCCUGUGAGGGAUCACUUGGUCUGGUCCAUAUUUAAUACCGUCUACUUCAACUUCUGCUGCCUGGGAUUCUUUGCUUUGAUCUUCUCUGUCAAGUCUCGAGAUAGAAAGCUGAUAGGAGACAGAAGUGGAGCCAUGAGUUACGCGGGCACUGCCCGAGGACUGAACAUCACUGCCACCAUACUGACCAUAGUCACAUUUAUUGUUUUAAUCAUCCUUGCGGUAACUGGAGUCAUCACCGCAGUGCGUACAGUUCAAGAUCAUCCGUAUCCGUAUCCUAACAACCCCUGGGGGAACUGAAGGCGGCGCUCGUACCGGGAAUUUAGCGCAUUUGUAAAGGGAGCUCACAAAACCUUUUUAUUUCCCGAAUCCAAAAAUAAAGUGGGCGUUGCCAUGUUUCAGAUUUUUUUUCCACUGUCAGCGAGACUACUCUGCAUGUUUGACUUAGAACUGAACUGUUUAGAAUACAAAGUUCUUUGACUCUUUGAAUAAAUAUUUGUUUUUGAUUACAUUACAUUUUCCUGAUUUUACGUAUGAUAAAUAGUAACAGUAAAUGAGGCUCCACCCUCACAUACAUAUCUUGUAACCUCUUACAGUAUUGAAGGGGUUAUCUUUAUUUUAUCAUGAGUACAUAAAGAGCAAUGAGCGGUCAUAGUGUAUUAAAGAAACAGUAACACCAAAAAAUGAAAGUGUUUUAAAGUGAUUGAAUGAUAAUGUACUGUUGCCCUGCACUGGUAAAACUGGCGUGUUUGUUCAGAAAGGCUAUCACCUGCCAGGCUCAGCAGUUGACAGAAUACAAUGGUGUUUUACAGAACUUACCUGCUAUAUAACCUGUGCCAUUUAGCCCUAUUUCAAUUUUAAUGGCUACUCCCAUGGCUUCACUGCAGAUUUGUUUAUAUAAACUAUUGUAGUGUUCAGGCCCAGACUGGCAAUCUGUGGGUUCUGGCAAAUGCCCCAGGGGUUACUGUAAGAUGCCAUAGACACUCACUAUUUAUUGGGCUGGUGGGGGACUCUAAGGGCCUCUGUAUAUUAGAAAUGCCAAGGUCUGUUUUAAAUCCCAUUCUGGACCUGGUAACAUUUCUGAGGCAAAAACACACCUUUUACCAGUGCAGGCAGGGUCAGACUGUGGGUGCAGGGCCCACCAGGGCUUCUCAGGGGCCCCUGCACCCCCCAAUGGCCCCACUGCUUUCAGACCCCCCCCUGCAGGGGCCUCCAACACCCACCGACCCCCUCCCCCGUGCGUUCUAAAUUAAACUUACCUGCAGUGCAUUGGGUGGAGGGAGAACAAAGGAUUGUGGGAGCACCCUGGGGGGUUUGGGUCUGGGCCACCGGGGCCCACUGGCUUUUUUCCCCGGUGCCCCAGUCUAACGCUGAGUGCAGGGAAACAGUACAUUAUGUUUAAUUUCAUUUUCACUUCAUUUUUUGUUGUUACUGUUACUUUAAGUGCAGAGCAUUCCUACUCUUCCAUUUUAUAUUUAUAUUAUAGUUAUAGUGUUAGUCCCUUUAAAAACUUGCCUGAACUUAGAUACUCUGUAUAGACAAUAGGUGAUGCAAGGGGAGCUGUCUAAUGAGAAUGCCCAAUAAAGGCAAACUGUAUGGUAGCGCACUUAUUUUGUACACAUCUGUAUAUUUGAAAUAAAGAAAUGUUCUCACACACAA